AUGGGCGUCAGCGACUACAACUCCACGUUCUAUGUAAAUUUCCAGGACAACCGGGUUCCCAGCAAACUCGAGUCUCGCGUGAAAGAGCUCAAGAGCAUGCUGAACUAUACCCACCAAUGGCUGGACAUCUGGGCGGGUAAGAACACCGAUGACCAGAUCAAGGCGGGCCACUUGUCUGGCGGUUCGGACAUUGAGUCACAGACGCUGCGCAACAAUUACCGUCACAAGGUCAUUGAUGUCCUCGUCGGAAAAGCGGCAUGGAUGAUGGAGUCUAACACGGAGGACAAGAGCUUCGGGAUCGAGAUUAAGAAGGAGAACUUCCAUUUUGAGAUCCUCAAAGCCAUGCUCUCCGGUCUGGCCCAACCGCAGUCUCUGUUGCAAGACAUUGAGGAUGCUCUGCAGAGCAUUGCGGAUACCAUCAAUGAAUCGAAAAGCGUGGAGCAAUCCCAGUCGAUGUACAGCUUGAAUCAUGUCAUCUUCUAUGAUUCUGCUGCGGACGAUGUCACGGCGUCCUUCCGCACCGUGUGGUAUUCCAUUGAUGAAUCCAUGAAGACCGUCGUUUCGAACAAGUCGUCCACCCAGGAGGUCAAUGUGACGUUCGAGUUUGCGUCCCGGGACUUUACUUUCAACGAGGAAACCUGGCGAUCCCAGAAGGACGCUGUGGUCAAGUUUGUUGAGGACGCCGCGGCAGCGGAUGUCAAUGACCCCUUGGACGGGGGUGAGAUUCUGCCUGAUGCGUGA